AGUAAAAAUAUUUGAAAGGGCUUAGUGUAUGGUCGUAAAAUAAAUAAAUACUCCAAAACAAAAUAAUGAGUUCGCCAAUAGAAAAAGUUAGAAUAAUUGUUGUGGGUGACUCCGGCGUUGGUAAAACUUCUCUCAUUCAUUUACUGGCAAAUGAAGAACCACUUUUAUCCCCUGGAUGGACUGUUGGAGCUCAACUUGAAGUAAAGUUACAUGAGUACAAGGAAGGUAAUCCAGCCCAAAAUACGUUUUUCAUCGAAUUCUGGGACAUUGGUGGAACUAGUCAUCAUCUUAAUGCUCGAAAAGUUUUCUAUCAGCCUACGAAUGGUGUGAUUUUAGUACAUGAUCUCACGAAUAUUAAAUCAUAUGAAAACCUUCAAAAUUGGCUAUUGGAAAUUUUAGAUAAAGACACAAAGGACACUAAAGCAGUAAUUUGGGAAAAUAUUGACCCAGAGCAGUUUAUUGGAAGCACGCAGAUUCCAAUAUUGAUUGUUGGGACAAAAAUGGAUUUGCUAGAGGCAAAAGACACCAAAAUACUUCAGUAUAAAAAACUAGGAACAAAAAAUAUUGGAGAGUGGUGCAACGCAGAGGAAAUCAAUAUAAGUUGCCAUAACGUCCGUUCCCUAAGCAGUGGCACAACGGAUUCAAUUAAAUUUACACGCUUUUUUGAUAAAGUAAUUGAACGAAAAUACUAUAUGAGUAAUAAAGAAGCAAAUUUUUUGGAUAAAAGACGUGUUUAUCCAAACAUGUCUUUCUCGUCAACUACUCCAAUCAAAUUAUUUUCACCGACUUAAUUUUCUACUGAUAUUCUUUAUUAUUUAUUUUUAUUCAUUCUGAAAAAAACAUUUCUUCACAAUAAACAAUAAUUAACCAUAACGUUUACUUUUUU